AUUCAACGGCUGCAGGUCGUUGUGGGCCAGACUUGUUGCCCGCUUCGACUUGGACUUGCCGGAUUGUGCGGAGGAGUGAUGAGCGAGCGCUGCCUAGAAGACGCGUUUGGGAGAAUGCAACUGUUCACAAUCUGAUGCAGACAGUGGCACAGUCUAGUCUCUUGUCCUCUCAUAUAUGAGAAGUCCACGAAGCAUCAUCCUUGCCGUAGUGUCCGCCAAGAAUGACUUCAACAACCAGUCAAUCACCAGAUACUCCCGUGAGAUCGAUCCGAAGGGCGUGCGUACUCUUGGGUUGAUCAACAAGCCGGAUACGCUGGAUGAAGGCUCUGAUAGCGAACGUUUCUAUAUCGAACUUGCGCAGAACAAGGACGUCAUAUUUCGACUUGGAUGGCACGUUCUCCGCAAUCGGGAUUAUUCUACGAGACACUCCUCUUUGCAGGAGCUCAACCGUGCUGAAGAGCAAUUCUUCUCUUCUGGUGUCUGGAGAUCCUUUCAUCCC